CUCAGUGGCUCUCUCUCUCUCUCCUCUCUCUGCGCUCUCACUGCUCGGAUACCACGCAGCAGAGUCAGGAGUGUAUGCUUUUCCCCUUCAGUUGUUUUUCUCUCUCUCCUCUGUUAUUUGGGCGGCUCUGGUCUCACUCUGCUAGCCGGGAAUGAGCAGGAUGUCCCCCGAUUUGGGCUCUAUCAGGAACAGAGGGAAUAUGGAGCAACAGGGGGACCACUGACCGAAAAAGUGCCAGCCUUCCUCUCCCUGCACCCCAACAGUCUCUCAGAGAGGUGAAACGGCGGUCAGCCCACGGCCAUGAGGGGAGCUGGCGGGAAGCAGAGGGCAUCUGAGUUCAGCUAAAGUCGCCCAGCUCUUCACUGCGCCCCCUACAGGAGGACGAGAAGAUGAGCAUCACCAGUCAGCGGUCUUUCAAUGUGCUGGCGGUCAUCUUCCUCCUGCUGUGCACCGCAGCUCUCUCUGCACACUUCCGAGUGUGCGAGCCCUACUCCGACCACAAGGGGCGCUAUCACUUCGGCUUCCACUGCCCUCGCCUCUCUGACAACAAGACCUACAUGUUCUGCUGCCACCACAACAACACGGCGUUCAAGUACUGCUGCAACGAGACGGAGUUCCAGACCGUCAUGCAGCUCAACCUCACCAGCAGCUCCGACGGAUUCGCACACAAUAACUACACGGCUCUCGUCGGCGUGUGGAUCUACGGCUUUUUCGUCAUGGUGCUGCUGGCGUUGGACUUCCUCUACUACUCGGCCAUGAACUACGAGCUGUGCCGGGUGUACCUGGAGAAGUGGGGGCUGGGGGGGAGGUGGCUGAAGCAGGCCAGGAGCCAGUGGAACGCCUCUCCACAGGCGGAGGCUGAGCCCCCGCUGCACCCCAUCGUCCUGGCCCACCACCCCCGCCACAGCCUCAGGGGAGACGCACAGAGCCCCUCCCUCAUGUCCUUUCACACGUCCACAGCCUGACAGACACAUGGCUAAGAUGAGGUGAUGCGGGAAGUGACCCCAGGAAGGACUCCAUGCCCAGCGCUUUCUCAGAGGACCAGCCUCCAGUCUCCGCCUCCAGACUGCUGACACAGGUGGGCGGGGCCAGCUAUGGGUUCCCUCACCCAUCCUUUACUGCUGGGUCUCCACACAGAGCCACCCGGACUCCCCUGGACCCACAGCAGGGGGGAGAGACCGUUCCAAAGACCCGCACAGAGCCUGCGCAUUCUGCUGGGACUCACUGCGUUGCUGUUUCUCUGUCCUGAAGAAUCGGAGGACUCACGGGCACACCUCACACCCCACUGCUGACUGGCACCAUCACAGCACCCUGCUGCCGCCGACCCCCCCUCAUGAAGAGAGGGCUGAGGCCAGCAGCGACAGCAGAGACGCAUCUCUCUCCACACCCUCAGAUUACGUGUGUUUUGCACUGCUGUGUAGCCAAGUCUGGAUUCAGUGGUUAUUAGAACUAGUGGUAGGAUUACUUAUUGUUUCUUUGUAAAUGUGAAAUGGUCAGGGAAUCACACUAGAAAUAAGCAUUAAGGAGGUGUGACCAAUGCUGGAAAUAUCUACAGGGGAUCUCACAGAGGUAAUUCAAUGCCUUUAAAGAAGGCCAAAAAUACCAUCUCUUCUCCUCCUACACAGCGUAUUCAAUUUAAUUUGGCUUCUCCAUAUUUAGAUUUUCUUUAAUCAAAUGGCAGUUUGUGUCUAAAGUAAAUCUAGAAUGAUGAUCCCGUUGGUUGCUCUGACUGUGAAAAUCAUACAGCAGAACUAUGUCAUCAAGUUCUUUUGAAAACUUGAGAUUCUAAAAUGAAUUGACUGCAAUCAGCCGGCUUACAAUUUAAAAGAAUUGGGCCUGUAACACCCAAUUAAAACGAGGAUGAACCCUUUUGGUAGGAAAAGGGUAUAUUUGCUCAUUUUGAACCCUGGAAUGUAAUUAAAUGAAAUGUGUUUAACUACUGAAAAUGGAAAUAGGAUAAUGUGUACCAUAAACAGAGGAGUAGCAUAGCUGCAGUUAAUCGUAGCUUUUGACGAGGUCACAGUGAAUUUGUUUAUCUUGCUGCCGUCUUGUAAAGCCAUCAUAGACAACUACAGCAGGAGACUCUGAGGAAAAACCUGUUAAUAUCUAAUAUGUGUAUAUUAUAGUAGUCACUCAAUUUAGAAUAACUAUACAGUGCAGUGCUGUUUCACAGUUUUUCUAAUAGAAAAUUGCAGUAAAGCAAAGUUAGCACAUGCCUAGAUGACCAACAAAAAAUCUCAGACAAGAAACACAAACCCAAUGCAGACAGCAGCUCUGAAGAGAAGGCAGAAGGAAGUUACCCGCUAGAGACCCACUCCUCUCUCUUCCAGCUGUUAAUGAGAGCGGGAGCAACACAAGGACGCAACGUUACCAAACUAAAUGCACAUAUCUGGAAAAUGUUAUAUCUGUGGGAUGCACGUAGCUCCAGGGAUAGAACGAGGGAAAUGACUGUUCAUUAGUUAGUAACUGCAUCAGCAAUAACCGCUAGCGUCUGGCUACUUCUGACUGCCAGCAGCAGCUGUGACAUUAAACAAGACCCCUCUAUUGAAUUUGCCUCCUGCGGAAGCAGAAUCUGACGCUUUCUUUCAGGGGCACUUUUUAAAGACAUAGAACCCCUCCCCCUUCCUCCCCACCUGCACAGGGGCAUGAACACCUGCCACAGCCAGGAAAGAACAGGCCACAGAGGGGCGACAGCGUGCUGGUGUCGUCACUGCGUGAACUUUAGGUGAGGACACAUGUAACACCCUUAUUUAAUGCAGCUGCAUUUAGCAUCUUUCCAUGGUGCAUAUGGAGCAUAUUCUGCCGAUGAGCCCGCAUUAGCAUCUGCUGCGGCCUGGCGGAGGCCGGGCGGGGGAGGGAGGCAGAGGAGUGAUUAGGAGCUGGGGCUGCCUCCUGCACAUGUCUCCUCCCACCAGGCAACAGACAGCAGCUGCUCUCACAUGGCGUAAAGAUCACACUGUGGUGUCCAUGGUUACGCCAGGUGUUGGGUGGGGUGGAGGUACCGAUCUUACGAUGCACAAACUCAGAUCACCAACGUGAAAGACUACAAGAAGCACACUUAUCCACUGAUCCAGAAUCAGCCUUACAAUAAUGCCCCCUGAGAGGAAGGGCGAGAAGAGGCACCAGGCAAUAUUUAAACAUGUCUGCCUCUGCACCCCCCUUAAAAUCCACCCAGCAGGUACGGUCAGUGGCACAAGCGCCAUGAGCUGAGUCAGGCGUCCCAACAGCACAACCCUUUCCAGCUCGCGGGGUUAACUCCUGCAGGUCUCACACAAUUGCCCCUGUUUUCAGCAAUAAAGUCAAGACCUGGCAACACAAGUUCUCAUUAAUGCAAACGAGGGCAAGUGAGCGAACGAGGUCCAACCUGCCCUGAACAGCACGACUGCGCCCUCGUUUACAGAGCGAAUUUGCCACGCUUGCUGCUUUUUAAAUAAUUGGCCACUAGGAGCCCUUCUUUGAGCCGACAAAUCACACCAUCCACCCAUACACACACACACACACAGUGACCGGAACUGAGGAAAAGCAGGACUCUUGCAACGAACAGGAAUUUAACUGAGGCCCAGAGCAGAGGGAAAGGGCAGAGAUCAGACACAGGGACAUGUGUGGGGCUGGUCACGCGCAGAUUCACCAUCUAGGCCCCUGCACAGUUCCUCAGCACAGCACCUUCCUCAUGCGCUGCCAUGAGUCUGCCCUCGAGGGGGCAGUGCGGGAGUCUCAGAGACCUUCCACUAAUCUGACCUUCAGCGCAUAUCUGACUGAUACUCUGAUAUGGAUGCCAACUGGUAUGGUCGGCCCGUUUCAUCUCUGAGGUCUGGGAUUGGGGCAGCUACAUAUUGAACUUCUGCAGUGCAGAUAUGAUUGGCAGCACAGCAAUGUCGUUAAAGCUCCGAUUCAUCAGCUUUCCCCUCGGAGGUGGACUGCAGUGCUGCACUGACAGCUCACUCUGCUCUCCCGGCUGUCAGUUACACGCCCUUCAUUAUAAACCUAUACUGAUGCAUCAGUGGGGACCGCAUGACGAGCCGGGCCAGUGAGGCAGGCAGUGCCCUGGGCAUCCCGAGGCCGAACAGCGGGGCCUGGAGCACAGCCCCACACAGGGCACAGGGGGGCUGAGGCAGGACGGGCAGGGCUACAGCACACAGGAUAACCACAGCACGCAAACAGAGCCACGGCCCAGCGUCCACACUCUCACCCGCCCCGAGAACCACCUGCUGCUGUGUGCAAGGGAAACUGACAGAACAUUCACGCUUAGUCCUGGUGCAAAGUACCACAUCAUACGUUUGCCUUCUGUUAUAGGUCAGAGUCUUUUUUUUUAUCUUUGAUUCUUUGAGGUAGUGAAUAUUCUGAUCCUUGCCUUACAGUACAGAAGCGAGCACACAGUAUUCAGCUCUUGAGGUUGCCAUGGUAACAGUUGCCUUACAGUGAAUCUACACCUGUACUCUAUAGCUUUGUAGUGGCUGGUAA